UCCUCUCCCAGUUUGGGAGGAGCGGCCGGGACUAGGGGUACGAGAGCCGGUGACCCGGAGGGGAGAAAGGGGCUACCGUGGGGUGGAAAGCACCGCCAGAGAGGGGAGAAUAGGCUGUGGGACUCAGUCAGCCCCUCCUCUAGGAGGGACCCAGCUGUCCUGGCGCCCAGCCCCAGUGCCAUGAGGCCACUCCUGUCCCUCCUGCUGUUGGCCCUGGUAGCUGGCUCACCCCCAUUGGAAGACAACAAGAUCCCCAGUUUGUGCUCUGGGCAUCCUGGCGUCCCGGGAACCCCUGGGCAUCAUGGCAACCAAGGCUUGCCUGGCCGAGAUGGGCGCGAUGGGCGAGAUGGGACGCCUGGGACUCCGGGAGAGAAGGGUGUUGGCGGGCACCCUGGGCUGCCUGGGCCUCGGGGAGACCCAGGACCACCAGGAGAGUCAGGGCCAAUGGGAGCAGCAGGGCCAGCGGGUGAGUGUGCAGUGCCUCCUCGGUCAGCCUUCAGUGCCAAACGCUCAGAAAGCAGGGUGCCUCCGCCUACUGACACACCGUUGCCAUUCGACCGGGUACUGGUGAAUGAGCAGGGGCACUAUGAUCCUGCCACGGGCAAGUUUACCUGCCAGGUGCCUGGCCUAUACUACUUUGCUGUCCAUGCCACCGUCUACCGCGCUAGUCUGCAGUUCGACCUUGUGAAGAAUGGAGAGUCGGUGGCUUCUUUCUUCCAGUUCUUUGGAGGGUGGCCAAAGCCAGCCUCACUCUCUGGGGGAGCUCUAGUAAGGCUGGAGCCUGAGGACCAAGUCUGGGUACAAGUGGGUGUGGGUGACUACAUUGGCAUCUAUGCCAGUGUCAAGACAGACAGUACCUUCUCUGGCUUCCUAGUUUAUUCUGACUGGCACAGUUCCCCUGUCUUUGCCUGAUGUUUCCCCCUCUCCAGGAAGGUUGCUCACUUCUUUCUUCCUGGGAUGCUAUAACCUCUUUUCUAAGAAGGGUGUCAUUGCCCCCAGCUACAUCUGCUCUGAGGAGGGCUGGCUCCCCCUGGUGUGGGUGAGUAGGGAGCUGGAGAAACAAGAUCUCAGUCUUGCUGUUAGUAGGGAUGGGAGGGCAUUAUUGACAGGAAAGAGACAUAGUGAGGAAGUGGCCAGAUUUCUCCCCAGAAGAAAGGGAUAUGAACUGCUCCUGGCAAUCAGGUCUUAAGGGCACUGGUAUUUUGGUUCCCUGGUCCUCAGGGCCCCUGGCUCCAUUGGUAGUGGUGGGGAGACCCUCAACCUUUCUCCUCUGGGCACCUUCCCUUUGUAAUCCCUAACCCCAGGACCAGGGUCUUAUGCUUAGAUAUCACUCAAUAAAUUACAAAAUCCUCCUA